CGUUGAAAAACAUGUACUUCCGGGUAGGCUUUCCAAGCCGAGAUACACACGUGUGCAAAUAAUAUUACAUUUUCUUAGAAUUGUAUUAAAUACAUACGUGUUUUUGAGACAUAUUUAAUAAUAAUAUAUUUAACUGUUUUUAUUUGUGGAGUAAGAUAUCGUCUUUGAACAUGGGCCCGCCCAAAAGCAAAAAGAGAAAGCCGAGUUUUCGUCGGCUGCUGAAGACCAGCAACGUAAAACUUGAGAACAAGCAAAAAAACAGGCAGUUCAAACAACAGAACACCGAGAAGAAACACCGUAAAGAACAGAAGAAGCUCCGCCAGGCUAUCAAAGAUGCGUCCCUGCGGACGCCACAGCCGCUGGAGCGCUACAAGAAGAGACCUGAGGAAGAGGAAGAUGAGGAGUUUGUGGAGUCCCUGCCCGUGGACAUGAUGGAUGAAGAUGACCUGGAGCAGAUCAGGGAAAUGGCCAAGAAAGCCUCAUUCCUCACCAGAGACCUGUCCUCCUGCGGCCCUGUGCACGCCAAGAAACGCAAGUCUGAGCAGCAGCCGGAGAACUAUGAGAAGAUGCCCAGGAAGAUGAAUGUCAUGGAGGAGAAAGAGGUCAUCCACCUGCUUCCCCUCAAGAACAAGACGGGCCUCAUUCCCCAGAGCAUGGAGAAACCAGUCGUCCCAAAGAAAGAGGAGGAAGAGGAAGAAAUGGACGAUCAGACAGGUUUGGAACAGUUUGAAAACGAGGAGGAAACAGAAACUGGCCCCGCCCUCACCCCCCAGGAACAGGAAAAGCUCCGCGCUCAGAAACUGUCAGACAGGAAGCUACGCAUUGCUGGUCUGGGGUCAGCUAUCCUGUCAGAUCCCACCAAUAGUAUUAAGAAGCUAAAGGAGCUGCGCACCAUGCUGUUGGAGACGGACCCGUAUGUAGCGGUGACAGUCAGGAAGCUGGUCAUGGUGUCUCUCAUGGAGGUGUUCAAGGACAUAGUCCCCUCCUACAGGAUCCGACCCCUGACGGAGGCUGAGAAGACUACCAAGGUGAAAAAGGAGACCCAGCAGCUCAGAGAGUUUGAGGAGGGAUUGGUGAGCCAGUACAAGUUCUUCCUAGAGAACCUGGAGCAGACUGUCAAGGACUGGCAGCAGAGGAAGAGGAAGCGUAGUGACGCCGUGUCCCUGCAGUCCUACAAGGGGCUGGCCGAGGUGGCCAUCCGCUGCAUCUGUGAGCUUCUGGUUGCCAUGGCGCACUUCAACUUCCACAACAACAUCAUCGUCAUGGUGGUGCCCCUCAUGAACAGCCCCACCAGGAAGGUAUCAGACAUGUGCUGUGAGGCGGUCAGACAGCUCCUGAAGCAGGACAAGGUGGGCCAGGCCUCACUCGGCGCCGUCAAGGUCAUAUCUGGCCUGGUCAAGAGCAGGAACUAUGAAGUCAGACCCGAGAUGCUGCGGUCUCUCCUGUCUCUGAGGAUAAAGGAGGUGGACUUGAAGAAGGACACAGAAGACACGGCCCCUAAGAAGAAGUUUAUGAAGUACAAAGAGAAGCAAAAGCAUCUGUCCAGGAUGCAGAGGAAGUGGAAGAAGGCUGAGGAGAAGCUGGACAAGGAGCUUCUGGAGACUGAGGCCUCGGAGAGUAAAGAAAAGAAGAUCAAGCUUCACACAGAGACUCUGAACAUUGUGUUCCUGAUCUACUUCAGAAUACUGAAGAAAGCCCAGAAGUCUAUUCUGCUGCCCUCCGUUCUAGAAGGGCUGGCCAAGUUUGCUCACCUGAUCAACCUCGAGUUCUUUGAUGACCUGUUGAACGUUCUCCAAAAUCUGAUCCAAGUAGGAGAUCUGACCUAUCGUGAGAGCCUCCACUGCAUCCAGACCUCCUUCAACAUCCUCUCUGGACAAGGUGACGUCCUCAACAUUGACCCUUUGAAGUUCUACACCAGCCUCUACAAGACCCUACUGAAACUACAUGCAGGGGCGUCUAACGAUGACAUCAGAAUCGUGCUGGACUGUCUGGACGUGAUGCUGACCAGGCGCAGGAAACAGGUGACCCUGCAGCGGGCACAGGCAUUCGUCAAGAGGCUGAGCACGCUCAGUCUGCACACGCUGCCCAACGCUGCCGUGGGCAUCCUGGCGUCCAGCAGGAGCAUCAUACACACCUUCCCUAAGUGUGACGUCCUAUUGGAUAACGAGGCCCAGGGGAGUGGCGUGUUCCUGCCUGAGCUAGAUGAACCAGAGUACUGCAACCCCCAAAGCACAGCCCUCUGGGAGCUACACACGCUCAAGAGACACUACCACCCGGUUGUGCGGCGGUUUGCCUCUCACGUGGCCCUCGGGGCCCCCAGCGAGGGAUCCGGAGCGCUGCAGGUCCAGCUCAGCAGACGGUCUCCAGCGGAGCUGUUUGAUGACUACAGUGUUAAGGACAUGACCUUUAACCCUCCAGUGGAUUCCCCCUCCUCCAAAAAGAAGGAACACUUCACGAUAGGAGCAGCUCUGCUGGACUCUCAGCUGAAGCUGCAGGUGGACCUGGCUCUGUCAGCAGAGACGGAUCCCUCCUGCUUAGACUUCUCCUCAGCCCUCUCACAGACCUGCACAUGACAGAACCCUCUUCCUGUCUUGGCAGAACCCCUAAACCUCUCACACACACAUACCAUGCCUUGUAAUUCAUAACCAAAUGAACUGUAAAAUAAAAUACAUUUGAAUUCCUUUUA